GGAGCGAUGCUGCCCUACCGGAGGGAGAGCCCAGCCCUGCCCCGCUGCCCGGUGCGGGGAGGAAGGGUGGUGCACGGGCCCCAGUUCGCCUACUGUCCUAGCCCCCAAGCUCUGCACCGGCUGCCGGGUGCCCACACCUGCCCCUUCACCGUCGGUGCGGUGCCUUGCCCUGACCAUGGCUUCCCCUGCCCCGGCUCCCCCGGGCGCCUGGGCGAGGGCAGGGAGCGGUACGAGCUGGAUACGCUGCCCUGGCAGGGGCCCCGGCUGGGCUUGGAUGAGCUGCAGAAGCCAGAGCUGGGGUGCUGGGCCAGAGUCCAGUCCAUCUGUGUCUCCCUUCUCAAGGUGCCCCUGAUGUUCGGGUUCCUGUACCUCUUCGUGUGCUCCCUGGACGUGCUCAGCUCUGCCUUCCAGCUGGCCGGAGGCAAGGUGGCUGGGGACAUCUUCAAGGACAACGCCAUCCUCUCUAACCCAGUGGCUGGGCUGGUGGUGGGGAUCCUGGUGACCGUGCUGGUGCAGAGCUCCUCCACCUCCACAUCCAUCAUCGUCAGCAUGGUCUCCUCGGGGCUGCUGGAGGUGCGUUCUGCCAUCCCCAUCAUCAUGGGCUCCAACAUCGGCACCUCCGUCACCAACACCAUUGUGGCCCUCAUGCAGGCUGGUGACCGCAGUGAGUUCAAACGGGCCUUUGCCGGCGCCACAGUGCAUGACUGCUUCAACUGGCUGUCAGUGCUGGUCCUGCUGCCGCUGGAGGUGGUGAGCGGGUACCUGCACCACGUCACCCGCCUGGUCGUAGCCACCUUCAACAUCCGCAGUGGGAAGGAUGCCCCCGACCUGCUGAAGAUCAUCACAGAGCCCUUCACCAAGCUUAUCAUCCAGCUGGACAAGUCGGUGAUCACGGGCAUUGCAAUGGGGGAUGAGAGCCUGCGCAAUCGGAGCCUCAUCCGCGUCUGGUGUGGCCUCACACCCCCACAGGUGAGGGGCCCGUGGCCCUGCUGGGUCUACCAAAUGAUCGCACGGAGGAGCCUCCACAACAUUACCAGGCAGAAGUGCGAGCACCUCUUCACUGACACACCGCUGCCUGACCUGGCUGUGGGGCUGGUGCUGCUGGCUGGGUCCCUCAUCGUGCUCUGCACCUGCCUCAUCCUCCUGGUCAAACUUCUCAACUCCCUGCUCAAGGGGCAGGUGGCCAAAGCCAUCCAGAAGGUCAUCAACACUGACCUCCCGCACCCGCUCAGCUGGCUCACUGGGUACUUCGCCAUGGUGGUGGGUGCUGGGAUGACCUUCGUGGUGCAGAGCAGCUCUGUCUUCACCUCAGCCAUCACACCCCUGAUCGGCCUGGGGGUGAUCAGCAUCGAGCGUGCCUACCCACUGACCCUGGGCUCCAACAUCGGCACUACCACCACCGCUAUCCUGGCUGCCCUGGCCAGCCCAGGGGACAAGCUGGCCAGCUCCUUCCAGAUCGCCCUCUGCCACUUCUUCUUCAAUAUCUCUGGCAUCCUGCUGUGGUACCCGCUGCCUUUCACCCGCCUGCCCAUCCGCAUGGCCAAGGCACUGGGCGAGCGCACGGCCAAGUACCGCUGGUUUGCCGUGCUGUACCUCAUUGUCUGCUUCCUCCUGCUGCCCUCCCUCAUCUUCGGCAUCUCCAUGGCGGGCUGGCGGGCGCUGGUGGGGGUGGGCGCACCCUUCCUCGGCCUCCUUUUCUUCGUGGGGCUGGUGAACGCGCUGCAGGUACGCAGCCCUGGCCGCCUGCCCAAAUGGCUGCAGACCUGGGACUUCCUCCCCGCCUGGAUGCACUCGCUGCAGCCCCUAGACCGGCUUAUCACUCGGGCCACCCUCUGCUGCACUGACCGCUGCCACAGCCCUGAGGGCUGGGAGGAGCGCGAGGGUCCUCGUCCUGACAAGGCCAGGCUGGGGCUGGACAACCCCGCGCUCUCCUACCCUGAGGAGGUACCCAGCCCCGCUGUCCGGGUGGGCUCCCCUUGCCCGCCCCUGCACAGUGCCACCCGGCUCUACCUGAAGGGCUGGGCCAGCAUGGAGCCAGCCGGCACCCUCCUCAAUGCCUCCGGUAACGGCAGCGAGGCUGGCAGCGCCCCACACUCGCCUGCAGCCACAGGACUCAUCCUGCUGGCCGCCCUGGCUGUCCUGCUGGCCACGCUGGUGGGCAACGCGCUGGUGGUGGUGGCCAUCUCCACCAGCCGAGCCCUGCGGGCCCCGCAGAACCUCUUCCUGGUGUCCCUGGCCUCGGCGGACAUCCUGGUGGCCGUCCUCGUCCUGCCCUUCUCGCUGGCCAACGAGGUGAUGGGCUACUGGUAUUUUGGGGGCGUGUGGUGCAGCCUGUACCUGGCGCUGGACGUGCUGCUCUGCACCGCCUCCAUCGGGCACCUCUGUGCCAUCAGCCUCGACCGCUACUGGGCCGUCACCCGGGCAGCCCGGCUCAACCUGCGCCGCAGCCCCGGGCGGGUGAAGGGGAUGAUCGGGGCGGUUUGGGCGGCGGCGGCCCUGGUGGCACUGCCACCGCUCCUGCGGGCCCGGCCUGGGGGCCGAGAGUGCCAGCUGAGCCAGGAGACCUGGUACGUCCUGGCCUCCUGCGCCGCCUCCUUCUUCGCCCCCUGCCUCGUCAUGGUUGCCGUCUACUGCCGCAUCUACCACCUGACUGCCCGGCGGACGGCGGCCCUCCUCGCCGCUCGCUCCCCGUGCCCCGCCGGCACCUGCAAGAAGGGGCCGGGGGUCAGGAUGCCAGGCUGGCGGCACCGGAGCCAGCACCAGAGCGUGUCGUUGUGCCGGCAGCGGCUGGUGCGGGCACAGGAGCGGCGCUUCACCGUCGUGCUGGCCGUGGUGAUGGGGGCCUUCGUGCUGUGCUGGUUCCCCUUCUUCUUCACCUACAGCCUGGGGGCUGUCUGUGGGGAGGGCUGCCGCGUCUCCAAGCCUCUCUUCAGCUUCUUCUUCUGGAUCGGCUACUGCAACAGCAGCCUCAACCCCCUCAUCUACACCCUCUUCAACCGGGACUUCCGUGCCGCCUUCCGCCGGCUCCUCGCCGUCCCCCACCGUCACGGCACCUAG